GGAUCGAAUAGAAAGAUUUGGUUGGUAUCUCUGUGCCACCUAGUUUCGGAGUUUCAACAUUCAACAAUGGUACCUCAAGCUUUGUCAGUGCCUGCGAGUGCCAGCUUCACUAUCGCUUCUCGCACCAGAAGUCCCUCCCACCUCGUAUUUUCUCACAGAAACCCGUGCUCGAUAGCUUCUUCCUUACCAAACCCAUAUGGCCAUUCAUCAGGAGUUGGGUUAUCAAGUAAAAGCCGUGGUUUUCCUUUAAAACUUGAUGAGAAAAAUAUCCAUGGUGCGAGUACAAGUUAUGGUGCAAUUGAAGCCAAGGGGAAUCCACCAAUAACACCCGCAGUGAUGACUCCUGGAGGACCUCUUGAUCUCUCAUCUGUUUUGUUUAGGAAUCGUAUAAUAUUCAUAGGACAACCAGUCAAUUCACAAGUGGCUCAGAGAGUUAUAUCCCAGCUUGUGACUCUAGCUACUAUUGAUGAAAAUGCAGAUAUACUGGUAUAUAUAAAUUGCCCUGGUGGAAGCACAUAUUCUGUGUUGGCAAUUUAUGAUUGCAUGUCUUGGAUAAAGCCCAAGGUUGGUACCGUGUGUUUCGGAGUAGCUGCAAGCCAAGGAGCACUUCUCCUUGCUGGAGGAGAGAAGGGAAUGCGCUACGCGAUGCCAAAUGCUCGCAUAAUGAUACAUCAACCACAGAGUGGAUGUGGGGGUCAUGUUGAGGAUGUCAGACGCCAAGUGAAUGAAGCUGUUCAAUCUCGCCAUAAAAUUGACAAGAUGUAUAGUGUUUUUACUGGACAGCCAUUAGAGAAGGUGCAACAGUACACAGAGAGGGACCGUUUUCUGUCUGUUUCUGAGGCUUUGGAGUUUGGUCUUAUUGAUGGUGUCCUGGAAACUGAGUAUUGAAUACAGUUUAUUUGCAGGAUAUAUCUUAGAGGUUGAAAAUGCUAAUUUUUGUCAAAUUGAUAUUGCAGAAUUUCAUUCGUUAAUGAUAAUUUGCAAAUGUGGAGGAUUGUAUUUUCUUCUUAGUUCCCCAAAAUUAUGCUAUUGUUGAAAGUUAACUUCCAUAGAAUGGUGUGUUUUUACAA